GCCGCUGUACGCUUUUAGCUUAAUUUGAGGACACAAGAUGCAUGAGCAAGAACCUUCAGACUAUGGAAAUGUAAAUCAGUCGGUCACACUUCGUUGUUCCGAUGCUGCUGAGCGAAGCAGAGGCGAUGACGACCAUGACAUAGAGGGUAAGCUACAAGGCACAUGCAAAUGCUCGUCGUAGAAGGAAGAAAAGGUACAAAGGUACUUCAAUGCUCAUUUUGUCUCCGCCUCUCCAUAUGAGGGUUGCAUUUCGUUGAGAUUUCCCGGUUGAGCCCUCAUAUUACUCCCAAUUCAUAAUUCCUUGAUUUCUUGAUUGGUGACCAUUCAGUCAUUUGUUAUGCUCCUCAUCGCUGGGUCGUGAAAUCGCAUUUAAUUCGCCAUUUUCGUUUCUGGUGAUCAUAUAAUACUAAUGGAGAGAGCCUCCUCUUGUCUCCUUUCCCUCUGCCGAUCAGCCGCGAGACGUCGUCCGGCUGCCAAGUGUGGUCCUGCAUUUGCUGCGCUGAGGAAAUCGGUGCCGGCUCGCGGAUUCAUUACACCUCCAUGGGAGUCAGCCGUACAAACUAUCAGUGCUUCGAGAACUCUCCCUCAUCGGACAGACGACCUAUACGCUCUCAUUGCUGACGUCGGAUCCUACUCCUCAUUCCUUCCUUAUUGUCAAUCUUCGACUAUCACACAAUGGUCGCAGCCCGAUACCAAUGGCAAACGGUGGCCAUCAAGAGCUCAGCUGAAUGUGGGAUGGGGAGGCGUCGAGGCUGCUUUUAGCAGCAAAAUUUAUUGCUUACCUGGGCGAGUGGUAGAGGCAAUUGGCGGAGAUGCGGAGACUACAUUGGAUCUCAAUGACCUUCCUCACCACAUUCCAGCAGGCCGCGCCUCCGACACCGCCAACGACACAAUGUUCAAGUACCUGCUCACUCGCUGGGAGGUUUCACCAGCGAGACAACCCAGCGCAUCCGCAGGACAUGCAAAUACGUUAGCAAAUGAGAAGACGGAGGUGAAUCUGGUUGUCGAAUUCCAAUUUACGAACCCUCUCUACGACAUGAUGAGCAAAGCAGCCACACCAAAGGUCGCCUCGAUGAUGAUCGAAGCAUUCGAACAACGUGCAGCGAAGCUCCUCACUCGAUAAUCACCAAAGGGGAAAGGAAGACUAUUCAGGCAAAUCAUUGAGGGACGUAUUUUAACCAUCUUCCAUCUGGUCUUGUUUGCAGUCCAUAUCUCAAGCAGCGGAAUGAUUGGAACUGUAGCGCCAAUGUUGACUAUUAAUAUUGCAUAUCCUAUAGAGAUAGACAUAAUGCCUAAGGGUAUUGUCAUGGAGUUCCAUUUUGCUUUAUUGUUUAGCCUGGACCGGGCCACUUAAGGGGACCAGCUCCAACAGCCAGAGGAUCCUUUCUCAUUGCGAGGGGUAUCACUAUGUGUAUAUACUUUCCGUAUAAGCGUUAACUUGCAAGCCUUUCUCAGCCAUUUCAGCGUCCUUAAGGAAGUCCAGAGGCAUCCACACGAGAUGACCCUUGAUCUGAUCCAAAUUUCGUCGAACAUCUGCGACGGGCAUGUACGGAUCAUACAAAUGGCCCUCCUU